CUCCCCGGUCACGUGUCAAAGAGCUGCCAGCGCUUCGAAGGUCGUGAUUUCAAAUUUGCUGCGAAACCGCGCGACCAUUCGUGGAUUUCGUUUCGAGGCUCGACGGUCAGAUCAUCCACGAUUGCCAGAGGUUGCUAGGCGACCUGAAAACAAGCCUUUCGAUACUCCCUCCUACUGUGAGACUUUAGAGCCCUUAGGACUGGCGUGACUGUAACGAGCGAUCCCUACGUGGCGGGAUGGAGGAUUCACUUCCAGCAUAGCGCACGGUCGGAAGUGAGCAAGCACGGGAUGGAGGCCCUCGGAAGAUCUUUUAGGGGCCACGAACGGUAGACAACGCAGCCAUCAUCACUACGACCUCAGUCAAGGGAAUCAUUCGCAUAAUCAAUGCGAUGCAAAGAUGCAUACACCUUGUGCCAAGCCGCUCGCAAGCCUUGUGAGAUGCGCGAAGCGAUCACCAGCACGCACAUUCAGCACCUCGUCCAAGCGAAACCUCACGCAGGACGGCCAGUAUUUGGUGCUUGGCAUCGAGACAUCAUGUGACGACUCGUGCGCCUCCUUGGUGAGCGCUCCACCAUCCUACGUUACGGCAGCCCGACUGUCUGCGCCUCAAAUAUUCACGCCUCAAAUCGAUGGCAAGCCCAACCAAGAACGGCCCAGAGCGCGCAUCAUUUCUUCUAUAGUGCUCAAGCAGUCGGAGCACAACAAGACGGGAGGAGUCAGUCCUCUGCCUGCUGCGCAUCUACAUUCCAAAAACUUACCUCGAGCAAUCAGCAUGUGUCUUGAAGAAGGUGUAUCAAAGAGAGUGCUCUCUCAGGUCGACAGUGGGAAGCCCCGCCAUUCGACACACACUGAUAGCAGCUCGCGCGUACACGCAGCAGAGGAAGCGCGCCAAAGCCGUCCUGUAGUUGGGCCGCCUGCUGAAGUGGAUGCGAUUGCUGUCACUCAAGGGCCCGGCAUGCCAGGCUGUCUGACAGUAGGCUUGGGCGCCGCAAAAGUGCUGAGCUCCCUCUGGGGCAUACCGAUCAUCUAUACUCAUCACAUGGUGGCGCACGCCCUGAGCCCUCUGCUGGCCUCAGAUGACCUUACUCAGCCUCAACGCACAGCCAUCGAAGGCCAGGGUGCUCGAGACUCCAACCCGAGCGCAAAGCUCGACCGCAGGCCUGUCACUUUUCCUUACCUCGUCUUAUUGCUUUCAGGAGGUCACACUCAGGUGGUUCUUUGUAGUGGUCCCAAGCAAUUUCGGAUUCUGGCGACCACGGCGGAUGAAGCGAUCGGUCGCUGUACAGACAAGAUCAGCCGACAACUUGUCGAUUUGCACGUCAGUGACGAGGACAAGGUCACAGGCGAUCUGGCCCCAGGCAAGAGGCUCGAGAUGCUUGCGGAAUUGGCCAACGAUCCAGCCAUGGCAAAAGAAAUACCGCAAUAUGAUGUGGCCGUCUCGUGUCGAGGCGAGCCCAUGUUCAGCUACUCAGGACUGCAUGCUCGGCUAGAUCAGCUUAUUGCAGCCGAGCACGUCAAAGUUGCCGAGGACUCCUCACUGUCAGAUGACACUGGCACUCCGCUUGCUUCGCGCAUUCCUCUGCCCACGCGGAUUGGUCUGGCUAGGGCGUUCCAAAAAGCCGCGUUUGCUCAAUUGACAGAUAAGGUUCGGAUGACGCUGGCUCCACGUGUCGCCGCCAACGCUUCCUCGGCCGUCCAAGCGCAACACUUGCGCCACAAUGCCGAGUCUGAAGCUCGAUCGGAGACAUCGCACCCAUCUGUGGUCGCACCCUCACCGGGGCCGCGCAAAUCGGGCAAGUCGUAUCACACGCGUCUUCCGCGCUCAAAGCUGAUCGACACUCGCAUAGAGCUUCCCUUUGGGCUUCAGCCCGAUCAAAUCAAACAUCUCAUAGUCGCUGGUGGUGUGGCUUCCAAUGCGGAGCUUAGACGGGCUCUUCACUCUUCGCUCGCCGACAUAGGCAGGCAAGACGUCAGCUUACAUUUUCCUCCCGUAUCCCUCUGCACUGAUAAUGCAGCCAUGAUCGCCCAUGCCGCCUUGCUUGACUGGGACAACAGGACAUGGGAUCUUUCGCCUUCGCCAAGGGGCAGAUGGAGCAUCGAGGAUCUUGUAUUUGGACCAGAUGCUGCAGAAUGAAACGAAGAGUGAACCGCGCAUGUCUGAUGGAUCUCUAAACAAGAUCAAUCACGCAAUGAUGGAGCCAAAAAUCAGGGUCAUGCGCUCGCACAUCGCAUGGGUGGCUAUGUCAGCCGGUGUCAGUUCGAAAGUACAAAAGCAUUCACCGUCGACCGAGCGUUCGAGUCUGAAAGUGGUUCGCGCGUCCGCUUGCCACCGUCAGGCGUCGAACCCCCGG